AUGGUCACAGAAGCACUGCAAGAUGUCAAAAGCAACAUAUAUACAAGGCUUUUUCACCUACCCAGAGAAUGUAAUGCUGUUGAUUCUUUUUUUUCUUUCAGUAAGUUUAUAUGUUUUGAAUACAAAAGAAUUACAUCUGUAAUAGGAGCUAUAGAGAGUAAAUCAGUGAUGCUACCCACACACAAGCACAGACAAGGUAGAAUAGAAAUGAAAGAUGAAAACUAUAUAUAUAACAUGUUGCUUUAUAGAGAUACUCAUUACCCAUGUUUCUCAUCCCAUAUAGCCAAAAGUAAAGGUACUACUCCACUUGACAAACUUUCCUAG